GAAUAGUCAGUGAAGCUUGUCAGCUCUCAUCCGUGGCAAAGCCUGAGCGGGAGAAAGGGGGAAACACUGCUCUGACAUCAGUGCAGACUUAAAGCUGCCAUAGGUACUGGCUGGGGAAGAGAUGAAGUCCGCGACGCCAACUCACAACCGAAGUAGCACUUGCUGAGGCAGAGUCGUGAAGCGGUCAGAUGUAAGUGAGGAAGGGCUCUGCCCCACCACGAGGAUUGAACUUUUGCCCUCCUCUUAACGGAACGGGUCCUCCCCGGAGAAAAGGCAGCAACCGGCCAAGGACACUGUGCUGCCGGAGGGAGGGGGCGCUCAGGGGCGCCUCCCCCUCUUCGCCCCCGACAACCAACUUUCACCUCCUUCGCCGUCCCUCGCCUGCACCUUAGCGAAGAGCCCCGCCCUAUCUCCACUCAAAGGCGGAGCGGCGCGAUUCACUGAACUGGCCCAGCAGCCAACCGAGUGGUGAGGAAAUAGGUCAGGCAGCGGCGCUUUCCUUCCUCUCCGCCAUCUGCGUAGGAGACUUGCCGGUUUGAUUCAAAGAAAACCGACCCCCUAAACAACAACGCCCAAAGGGCGGGCAGGCGGGCGGCGUGGGAGCUCCCGAGCCUUCUCUGGUUCAGGCGGAGCUGAUUCCGCGGCUCAUGUGUUUUCCCGGGGCGGAGUCACGCGCGGGCGGGCUUGGCUUGGCUUGCACAAGUUCGUCCGGAGUCGAUGAGGACCAAUUUGGGACAGGGUCCUCCGCCGCUCCCAGCGGUUCCUGCUGCUCAGCUUACAAACUGGAAAGACCCCACGGCGCCACGUUCGCAGCCGCUCCCUGCCUCGGUUGGAGGCGUGUCCCGGGGCGGGAAAGGAACUGAAUCUAGGUAACCACCUAGAAAGCCCUGCGUUUGCAUUUCCUUUACAGAUGAAGUGUGUCCUCAUUUCCAGUGAGGGUGCUGAAGUCCUCUUCUACUGGGCCGAUCCAGACUUUAUGGCAAUCCUGCAUCAGCGUUUUGGGACCCAGGAUCAGAAUGGCGAUGAGAUCCCUUCUGUGGAAGACAGCAUCAACACGUUGUUUGCCCCCAUGAUCAUCUCCUGUGCAACUAUGCUAGAGAAGUUAGGAGACACAUACACUUGCUUCUCUGCUGAAAAUGGCAAACAUCUCUAUGUACUGCAUAUGUUUGGUGAGUGCCUGUACAUUGCAGUGAGUGGAGAUGGCCAUGAGAGUGAGGAUGACCUGCGCCGUCAGCUCUAUGUGCUCAGAAGACUGACUGAAGCUCACUUUGGCCUAGUCACACUGGACAGCCACCUCUUCCACCGAGAACUUCGCCCCAUAGAAUCUGAACAACGGGCUCACAUCUGGGGGCUUUUUCAGAGCCUGCUACAGACUUAUAACCAGCUGCGUGAGGAAGACCAGAGCUUUGCUGUAGAGGCUGUAGAGCGCCUGAUCCACCCACAGCUGUGUGAACAGUGUAUUGAGUUCUUGGAGCGCCAAGUUGUACAGUACAUCAAUGGCAACACUGAACGUGCUGGACAUGAAGUAGUGCAUGCCUUCCUGCUCAUACACACCAAACUGCUUGCCUUUUACUCCAGCCGGAAUGCCAGCUCUCUGCGGCCAGCUGACUUGCUCACUCUCCUCCUGAUUGUGCAAGAUCUAUAUCCCAGCACUUCUAAGGACCAGCCUGUUCCUGAAGCACUGGCCCAGCCUGGAGAGGGAGAACAACAUCUUCAGAGGCCUCAAAGCAGUGAGAGUAUUCCAGUGAACAGUCCCUUUCACCACAGCACUUCUCAAGAACAGAUAGCAGAUGACCUCUCUAUGCCUGAAGAGUUCUUCACCCCCAAGGCUUCCCCUAGCCAACAGAGUACAGGAAGUGCCUGGACUGAGGGUGCAGACUCACAGAGUGAGGGAGAGGUGGCUGAGGAUUUGCUGCAUGUUUUAGUACCCCCAGUCUCAGAAACUACAAAUCCACGGAGAAUAUUUCUGGAUGUCAACUUGAAAGAAGGCUAUUGUCCCAUGAUGCCCCACACAAUGCACUGCGUUUCACUCUGGCCAGGCAUCUUGCUUGUACUCCUCACUAAGAACCCCAGUUCCCAGGUGGCCCUUUCUCUCUACCAAUUGCUGGAUGGACUCCUGAUGAUAGAGAAGAAAUUGAAAGAGGGACAGGAGACCCGGCAACCUCUGCGUUCUCAGCCAUUAUUUUUGGAGCUCCGACAUCGAAUGGACAAGUUUGUCAAGAAGCUGAGUGGACAGGAGUCACAGUUGCAGAAUACCUGGCAGGAAUUAAAGAACAAAGUUUCCUCUAGAAGUGAGUCUGUGAGUUCCUUGGAGUUGAGGCUUUUGCAGGCAUUUUGCAAUGUCCGGCGGCAGCUGUGUGCUGUAUAUCGGCGUCUCUUCCUUGGAUCUUCAGGGGCCCAAGGCUUGCCUCAGAACUUGCUGGACGGGGUGCAGCAAUUCACACAGGACAAGCUCCAAGAUUGGAAAGACUUCUUACUGGUGAAGAGCAAGCGUAAUGUCACCAUGGUGUCAUACUUGGAAAAUUUCCCAGGGCUUGUACAUUUCAUCUAUGUGGAUCGCACAGUGGGACAAAUGGUGGCUCCAUCACUUGGCACAUCAGAGGAAUCUACUUCGGAGUUAGGCAAAGGACCUCUGCUUGACUUUAUUAAGAAGAAGGUAUGGUCACUGGUGGCUUUGGCUCGAAGCUACUUGCAGAAGGGCUACACUACACUGAUGAUCCGGGAUGGAGACUAUUAUUGCACCUACUUCCUCUGGUUUGAGAAUGAACUGGGAUACAAGCUGGAGGUUAUGGAAGUGCCAGUGCUUUCUGAUGAUUCUGUUCCCAUUGGGACACUGGCAGGUGAUUAUUACAGGAAAUUGCUCCGUUACUUUGGCAGGAAACAUGCCAAUGAAGUGGUGAAGUGCUAUGAACUGCUGACCAUCCAUCUGGGCAUCAUGCCAAAUGAACUGGUGAUCCAGCAGGCACGCAGCUUGGCCCAGCAACUCUGGGAGCCAACACGCAUCCCCUUGCUUUAGGGGCCUUGACUGGUGCUCCGUUGAAUUUGGCUGUUUACUUCUUUCUGGACAACAUUGCAUCUCAGGUCUCUGCUGAUUUUACUUCAGUGGGACAGGUCUAGCUUGGACAGUGUUUUUACUUCACCUGCAUUGGAAGUUCAGAUUAGAUCAACUUGUUCAUUCAUCUUCCCUCACAACAUCAAAAAGCUCUGUCCCAAAACUUAUCUUGGAUACCAACAGUGAUUCCUGUCAGAGCACAGCUACUGACAGAGCACGGGUCCUUGGUGUGAGAUUGGAUUGGAGAAGGUGUGAUGCAGGACUUCCUUUCUUGUAACUGUAUCAGAACUUUGACUCAAAAGCCCACUCGGCACAGCUUGUAAACUUAUGUGUUUCAUUCAGUGCCUAGUUUUCUUAGGUACUUCAUUAUCAUUAAAUAUUUAUCCUAAAUGUGAGAAAUGUAAUGUACAAUAAUUUAGAGCAGAAAAGGUAACAUUUUAGGUCUCUUACAAAAUACAGAAGAUAAACUACCCUCCACCACCCUGUCUAGAUUUCAGGUCUCACUCUCUUAUCACUCCAAUUCACUUUUUUUAAAAUCUUCUUUGUAAGUGUAUUCAUAUCCAAUGAAAGACUGCAACCAUC